GGUGUUGGUGGGGUAGUUGAACACUGGUGAAGCAGCAGACGAAAACAAGGUGAUGGUGGUGGAGGAAAUAAUGAGAAUAAUAUUGUCAGUUACCAGAGUUAUUACUGCCAGCAGUACCAACUGCUGCACUUACUGAUUGUAUAGAUGCAACAUGGCUUCUGAGCUUCAGCUUCAUGUCCUGCACUGAAAUAUUUGGCUUUGUCUUGAGUGACACCUUGUGUCGUGCUAAUCGAGGGAGGAAGCACGACCCAGUCAUGUUUUCACGUAUAUCAGAUGCUCUGCAGGCUGCCGCAGAUGUGAUAGCUCCACCAUGUCCACGAGUGGAGGAUCUGCGUUACCAUUGGACACAGCUGUCAUUUGUAUGUCAGAGGUGCCAGCAUUAUGACGGGCAGCCGCCAGCCAUUGAAGAAACACACGUCCCCAGGCAUCUCUCUCAGAUGCUAAAGAUGCUGGUGGCAGAAGAACGGGAACAGUGCAUAGGAGGACCUUUGAGCCCAUGCAUGGAGUAUCUUGUACAAGAGAAAGUUUUAGCUGCAUUGGCCUUGCACGCUCGUGCUGACCGACCUCUGGGGAUACGUCAGCAUGUCUACAUAUUCUUGGUUGGGGUACUAAACCAUCUCCACCAUACUCAUCUCCAUCAUGCACCUAUACACAAGCCUCUACAGGUUAUGGUUCGAAUAAGUUGUGAAACGAGAGCCUCUCCUUAUGAGGCAGAAGAAAUUGAAUUUUUGUCUACUUUGUGUGAAAAAAUACGACAAGAUAGCAGUAUAAUAUUGCUAUACAUUCAGCCAUUAGCACUCACUGGAGCUGUGUCAAGUGGCUACACUCCAGAAGACAGCCUGCCACCAACUCCAUCUCACAUUAACAUGAGCCCCAACAACAGUGAUCCAGUUUCUGUGGUGGCAUUGGAAAAAUCACAACCCAAGUUUCCUCUAGUGGAUGCUUUGCUCAACCUGUGCCACAGUGCAGACAGCCAGAUCUCUGCAACAGCACAUGACUGCCUUGUGGGUAUAGCAAGUGUCAGAGAAGGACAGAGCAGUUCAACUAUAGCGAGAUACACACUCCUUCCCCACUAUCUAGCCACCCGUUUGGUCAUUGCCACUGAUAACAUUCCUGCUGAUACUGAACCUGCACUAAUAGAGGAUGUCCCAUCAUCAGAAAAAGUCAGGACUGAAGGCAAUGAAAAUAGUGACAGUGAUGAUGAGGAAGUUAUUGGAGAGUUUCCCGGCAAAAAAGAAAUAAUUUUAUUCCUUCACUGGCUUACUUUUUGUGAUAAGCUUGUAGGUGUAAGUGCCGGUGCAUUGGGUUCGAGCAUCUGUAAUACAGUAAGAGAGGUGUUCUUGGAUGGUGUAUUGCGUGGGAACCUUACAAGUGAUGAUGAAGAUACAAUAUCUCUGUACAUUGCUCUAACGGCUAAAAUCGUCACCUCAGUCUCCUCCCCACUGCUUGUUAAUGGCAUCAUCUCCUGGCUGACUGAAGACUCUGAGGAUGUAGGAGGUGAGAGCAGCAUGAGACAUCAUAUGCUGCUGCUGUGCCAGCAACCACCUCAUCAUCUCCAGAUACAGGCUCUAAGGUUACUUCAGGUGCUGAUGGAGAAGCCAGGAAGCAUGGCUGUGCAGUCGUUAGUACUGAACUAUGUAGCAACACGUGCAUACCACGAUUCUUCUGCAGCAGAGCACUUGCAGAGCUCCUGGUCUGAUGAAGAGGAUGAGAGAUACAAACACAGAGAUGGUGAGACUUCGCCAGGAUCACCACCCAUCAGCAGAACUUUAGCACCAGCUAACAUAAACAAGAUUGUCAAAAGUUUCUUGACAGUUGUACCUGAGGAGCUAAGAUCUACACCCAAAGAUGACUUUGAGAGCUACAUGGCUGAUGCUCAGCAUCAGUACAAAGAUAUGUGUCGGUCAUGUUCAUCAUUUGGUUGGCCAAGAGAAGCUGUAACUCCAGAAUGCCCUUCUGAUUCCUCGUCUACAGCCUCACGAGAGUCACGUCCUGAAGCAGAAGGAAACACGUUCUAUGAAGGGCCAUUCCUUAGUAUGCUUAUGGAUUUCAUGGAACACUUACCUGAUCAGGAUUAUGAUAUCAAUCUGCAAGUGACUUCUUUGGUGGCCACUCUAGCACUGCUGCCACACCCUCACCUCCACGAGUACCUACUGAACCCCACUAUAACGUUGUCAGGGGGUGUGCGCACUCCCUACACUGUUCUCUCCUCAGUAGUUUCCAAGAUUCAUCAGCCAAUUAUUGAACGCGAUGAUUACCAGGAUCACCUAAAGGUCACCAGAUACCAGCUCCUGGGCACAAUGGAGGAGUUUGAUUUUGAACGAGAUGAAGAUGACCGUAAGUUUGAAGCAUUAAUUGUCAUCGAAGAAUUCACCAAGGAAUUAGCAUCAAUUGCAUAUGCAAAAUACAUUACUGAAGGUAGUGGAUGGUAGUGUUCACCAGUUAUGGAAAAUGCAGUACUGUACAUUCCUGUGAUAGUUGUUCAUCUGCCCUGAUAAUAAUUACUGGCAAUCAUCAGAGCAGCAGAAUAAUAAGUGUGGUAAUGGUUAAAGACUGCAAGUUUCUUGACUUUUACUUAUUUCAUUACAGUAUAUCAGAUAUUUUUUUAUAUUAUAAUUUAGGCACUAAGAGUCAUCCUAUAAAAUUUUAAUUGAUGGUAACCAUCAAGCACAACACAGAUCUGACAGAUUUUUAUUUUGAAUGCUUUUCUAUAUUUUUACUUGUUGGGAUGUUGGUAGUAAUAUGUUUACUUAAAUAGUUGUUAAUAUUGUUAUUUUGUUACUUUUAUAUUUAUAUUAAUGAAGCGUUAUAUUUGUUAUUGCUAUUGUUCCUUGUGGAACUGUUUUUGGAACUUGCAGUUAAUCUGCUGAUUGAUUUGUUUUGGAAUGUACUUAGUGUGCCAUUAAGUGCAAUAAUGGAAGAGAAUACAGUGCACAGCUAAAUUCCCAUUUUUGUCUGUAUUGUAUUCUGUUUGUAGUAUCAGGAGAUCCAUGCACAAGUUUAUUGUCCAUUUUGAGUGAGAAUGGAGUGCAGUUGGUCUAUGGAUAAGCACAAGAACAUAAGAUUAGACUACAUAUACCAUAAUAGGAAAUUACAUGUACUAUAUUUUUAAAAGAUAUAGUGGUGGAAGGCUGGGCAUUAACCAGUUCUUACUGUUGAAUAACUUAGUUUACAUAUUUUUGGAGGGACAUCUAAAGUGUCAUAUCUGAGAGCAUUUGCAAAGACAGUGAUUAUGUAUGAGUGAUGGUGAAAGUGUUGAAUGAUGAAAGUUUUUUCUUUCUGUUUGGGUCACCCUGCCUCGGUGGGAAAUGACUGACGUGUUUAAAAAGAAAAAAAGGUGAUAAUGCUAACUGCAGUUUCACCUGGUAAAUCUACGUUAAAGCCAUACUAAAGAACUUUUAUAUGCCAUAAAAAAGUCAUGUAUCAGUCUUGCUGCCUAUUUCUUUCUUCAUAAUUCCUAUGGAAUAUGAAGGGAAUAGUGAUGGGAAUUAAAAAUUAUUUAUCUUUAACCCUUAAACUGUCCAAGCAGACCUACGUUCACAUGCGUACUGCUCCAAAAGUAGAUCUACGGUUUUUUUUACAUAUUUUCAAAUAUAACAAAAAAAAAAAAGUAGAUCAAAGUUUUUUUUACACGUUUUCAAAUGUAAAAAAAAAAAAGAUGAUCUACUUUUUUACAUACUUUCAAAUGUUGAAAAAACGUAGAUCUAUGUUUGGACAGUUUAAGGGUUAAUAAUAUACUGUAUACUAGUUGUAUUUUGCCUAAACUGAUAAACCUGCCAUUUUUUUUUUUGGCAAAUUUUCAUUGCCAAGAAUGAAGGCUGUUGCAAAUAUUGCUUUUUAAUUCAUUAACAGAGGUUUUGCUUUGGUGAUUCUCAUUGAUGUGCUUUGUUGUAUAUAUUAUAUAAAAUUGUAUAUGCAUGUUCAUUAUUUUACAAUAAAGCAGAUUUUUUCAUAAUGUUUGCUAGCAGUCACAGGUAGCUAUGAAUUACUAGUUGGUGACUUACUUGUCUCUACUGAAUCAUCAUAAACUAACCUAAAAAAUCUAGUCUUUGCUAAGUAAUGUUGACAGUGUUCAUUUUAUCAGAACAGCAAAGCGUACAGUAU